AAACAUCAACUAAAUACAUAUACAAAUACUUACCUUUGUAAGUGUACAUAAUACUUGUUACUCGUCGUGAACGGACGUGUUUUUGCCGUGCUCCGAGUUUUUCUUAAAUUCAACUUGUGCUUUUACUUUUAAUUCAAUGGCGCAUAACAAUUAAAAUUGUGUUAUGAGACAUUGACUCUGUUAGCCUUUUCCUGUGCUUUUAUAUUUUACCAAUUGGAUUAUUAUGCCGUGUUUUUGUGGCCAUAGGGUCGAGCGCGCCCAAACUUCAGUGCAAUGUGAAAACUGCCGAGAAAUUUAUCACUUAGAUUGUGUUGUUGGUAACUUGCCUGCCGACCCAAAUUAUCUAAAUAAUGCUGAAAAUAUAUAUAUCUGUGGUUUGUGUGCUCCCGCUCAACUAGACGAGUCUUUGACUUCGCAUAACUCGUCGUUACAACAACAGCAAGCCAUACAAGUGCAAGUGCCAAUGCCGCCUACUGGCGAUGAUAAUUUUAACGAGUUGAAAAGAGUUAACUCUCAACUUCUUGCUGCUGUGACUGCUUUGCAUAAUGAUAAUGAGUGCUUACGUCAAAAAACAGAUUGUCUUCAAGCCGAGGUUCGUGAUUUGCACUGUAAGCUUAACGAGAAUAAUACAACUUUAUCUCAUUUGCUCACUCGUUUUGAAAAUUUCUUUGAUGUAUACAACAACAACACUGCUAAAUCCAUGCAGCCAGCUUCUACUUGCGCCCCAACAGGUGCUAUGGGCUCUGUCGACGUAGUUUCUAAUGCUGCUGAAACAACAGCUGAUACUGCUGCUAAUCCGCCGCAGCCUAAUGAAGCUGCUGCUGCUGCUAGCAUUUCAACUGCGACGCAAAUUCCAAUCGCCGCUACUUCGCAAUCUUCGUCGCCUACUUCGGGUAUUGUUGUCAAGCCUCCUGCAGUUGUUGGUAACGAGAACGAAUGGAGAACAGUGCAGAAUAAAAAGAAAUACAAACGAAGUAAUAAAAAUAAAAUUGUUAACAACAAAGAUUGCGCUCCUAACAAUGCUAAUGUUGAAGCAGGUACUAGUUCAAUGCCUGAUAGUGCUGAAAGCAACAACAAUGCUCCCAUUACAAAUGAUAACAUUUCUUCUGCCGAUAACCUGUCAGUUUUGGGUACUGGUAAUGCUGUGCUUGCUCAACAACAAAUAAAUGAUGAAAGGGAAUUUGAAGACAAUGCUGCGUGGGCAAAAGUAAACAACAUAAGGCGAAAUAACAACGUAAUUGUUGUGGGUUCUAAUGCAAGCACCGAAUUGUGCAUUGCUGAUCGUAUGAUGUGGGCGCACUUGUCGUCAUUUGAUCCUAAAGUCACUGCUGAUGAUAUUAAGAAUUAUGUGUGUAAGCAUGUGAACAUUGAUAAAAAGGCUCUCUCUUGCUAUGCUUUAGUUAAAAAAGAUGACCCAGCAGAAAAUCGUACCCACGUUAACUUCAGGUUGGGUGUUCUAAAAAUUUGGCCUAUAAAUGUAAGAGUGAAACCAUUUAAUUUUUUUCGCAAACGGGGAGGUCGCAAACGAAGAGGUCGAACCCAACAACAAAAUGUGUAGAAGCCAGUACAACAACAAGAUGUGCAGAAGCCGGCGCGGCUAAUAAUAAUAUAUA